ACAGAGGUUUGCGUAACGAGAUUUACAUAACUCACAUUCUUGCUGCUUAUAGAGAUGUAAACGAUGUCAGUUUGGAAAUACGCCACUGCAGGGUGUGUUUUUGCUCUUUCAAUCAUGAUCUUGAGGAAAAUGACACGGUUUUAUAAACGUGGAGUUCUUACUUGCAGUGAGGAAAUGCGGAACAAGACCGUCAUCAUUACUGGAGCAAAUUGUGGCAUUGGGAAAGCAACGGCACUGGAGCUCGCCAAGAGACAUGCCCGUGUCAUUAUGGCGUGCAGGAAUAAGGAGAAGGCAAAUGCUGCUAUAUCAGAUAUAAGAAAAAUUACAGAAUAUGGAGAACUUAUCUUUAAACACCUUGAUCUUGAAUCUUUCAAAUCAGUUAAAGCUUUUUGUCAGGAUAUAAUUGAACACGAACAAAAGUUACAUGUACUGAUCAACAAUGCAGCAGUGAUGAAUCACCCCUAUGCACAAACUGAAGACAAUUUAGAAAUCCAUAUGAGUGUCAACCACUUUGGAAAUUUUUUGCUCACAAACCUUCUUCUUGAUUUGUUGAAAAAAUCAUCACCAAGCAGAAUAAUAUUUGUGUCUUCUGCCUUACAUAAAUAUGGAAGAGUAAAUUUUGAAGACUUUCAAGGUCAACAGAGAAAACCAUAUGCAGACAGUAAACUUGCUAAUGUGUACUUUGCACGUGAACUAGCAGAAAGGCUCAAGGGGACAGGCAUUAGUGUACACACAUUACACCCAGGCAUGGUAAACACAGAACUGUCAAGACAUUCUGUUUCCCCAGCCCUAAAUUUCAUAGUGAAUCCAAUUAAAUAUCUUCUACUACCUUCAGCAGAAGAAGGAAGUCAAGGCAUUGUAAAUCUUGCAGUGGUUGAUCUAGGCACUGAUACUGGAAAAUGUUAUGGCAAAAAGGGUCAGGAAGAAAAGUGGCCUGAGAUCUCUUCAGAAAAGGCAAUAUGGAAAAAGAUGUGGGAAGUUAGUGAGCGAUUGACCCAGCUCAAUUAGUAAUUUAACAAUAUUCAAUGAUUAAUGUAUUGGGCAUAAUUAAAUUAAAUUUGUAUAAAACUACUGGAUAUGCAACUCGUAAAAAAUCAUUUUGUGCCUAACAUGUCACUGAAUAAAGUUUAGAAGAAAAUUUAUCACAUCAGCUAAAAAGUACAUGUAUUAUAUAAAUGUAUGUGAAUUACAUCCAUUAAACAGCUAAAACAAUUA